ACCUAUUGGCACAGAUGUCUGACCAGAAUAUCCACUGAUGUCUCUCUCCUCACAGCAAAGAACUUCUUCCGGGUUUCAUACCGCACUGGAGGUCCGCUGCAGAGCCACUGCUUCCAGGCCAGCGACGCCUUCAACAAACAGCAAUGGAUCAACUGCAUCAGACAAGCCAAGGAAGCCGCAGCACUGACUGGAGACCAGCCACAGACAGGACAAUGUCUGGAGACAGGGCUGAGUGGCCAGAUAGGGCCGCUUGGUGUCACCCGUUUGAGUUUGCGUGAUGAUUCAGGCCCUGAAGAUGAAAAAAAGAUAUGGGUGGAGGCGGAAACAGGGCUGGGUUUGGAAGGAGAGGUAGGUCAGAGGAGAGAGAAAGAUCUAAGUUUGGGUAAAGAGCCUUGGGUGGCUUUGACUGAAGAGACAAUGGGCGGUAGGGAAAUGGAGACAGGUUUGGGUGUGGAUGGUGAGAUGGGUUUGAAAUUAGAUGGAGAACAAGGGAUGGACGGUAGGAAGAGGCUGACCAUCAGUGAGACAGAGACAGGUGAGAUGGAGGCAGGGCAGAGGGUCAGUGGCGAAAUGGAGGCAGAGCCAGAAGCCACAGCAGAUUGCAAGAUGGAUGGAGGAGGAGGAGGAGGAGGAGGAGGAGGAGGAGGAGAGACUCUUAGCAUAGGCACCAAUGAUGUUCCCAUCUCCCACCUCUCCUCUGAUUGUCCCUCUCGAGAGGAGGAGAAGGAGGUGAUGGAGGAGGAGCGGAGGGGCGCCGAAGAGGAGGGUGAGGUCGGCAUGGACACCAGUGAGAUAGACUCUCUGCAGUGCGAAGAGCUGACCCUCAGGUGCUGAUGCUAGGACCAAACAAAAAGAGCAUGACAUAGUGAGGGAAUGGCACCACAGCCAAUCAAAUCAAGGACUUGAUGAUGAUGUCACUGGCAGAAAAGUCAAAAGAAUAUCAAUGAUCGAUCAGACAAACUUGUCGAUACACAUUAACCAACAUCUCCUUCGGAUGAGACGUUAAACUGAGGUCCUGACUCACUGUGGUCAUUAAAGAUCCCAUGGCACUUGUCGCAAAGAGUAGGGGGUUCCCCAGUGUCAUGGCAAAAUUCCCAACCUGACUUUCACCAUCUGGCCUUCUAAUCAUCCCCAAUAGUAAUUGUCACAAUGUUUCCCUCCCUCUCCACCUCAAGCUGAUGUGUGGUGAGCGUUCUGGCGCUAAAUGGCUGCUGUGCAUCACCCAGGUGGGUGCUACACAUUGGUGGUGGUUGAGGUGAGUCCCCCCAACUUAACUGUGAAGCGAUUUGAAUUUCCAUGAUAAAGCGCUAUAUAAAUGUAAUGCCUUAUUAACAUGUUCCACAACACUGUAACUGCUGUAUCCUGACUGCUGGUGACAGUGGUAACUACUUUGUUCUACAAUGCCACAGCAGACUAUGUUCAAAGAUGGUGCCUACCAGGCACAUAGUGCAGAAUUGUUUUUCAAGGUUCCUCUGGCAGUAAUUUUUUUUGUUGGUCCUUUAGAGCAACUUCCAGCUGACUCCCCACACACGAAUGGUGCAAAACAUUAAUAUACUGAUACGGCUCUUUGAGACUUAUUUUUUUAUCUGACCAAUGGCUAAAAUUCUGAUAAUACAAAGAUUUAACUUGGACUGUUUGUGAUGCUCAGAAAAAUUUAUUUAUUGUUUUACUUCCUUGAAAUUAUAUAUGUUUAUGGGUAAAAGUAUUUUUGGUGUUGGUGCUGAUAACAAAGCCAGAGAAAAGGUGCAAUGUGCCAGGAAAAGGCAGGAAGAACAAUACUGCUAGCUGAUCUAAAUAUGGACACAAUAAUGCAGGUUUUAAAAUAACUUUAUAAAUGUUUUUAAGGAAGGAAAUGUAUUUAGCAAAUAUUUUUAGGCCUGCUUAAAAAACAUUUGAGUAGCAGUAAAGACACUUUAUGAACUUCUGCUAUUUGCUGGUUCAGGACAGUAAGAUUUUCUUUACACAGUUCUGUUGUAAACAUUAUCAGCAGCGUUCUCAGGUAAUACACACAAAAGGUUAUGACAUGGAGACCAAAUGAGCCAAUCACAGAAUUCAAGUCAAGUCAAUGGAAGACAAUAAAAUAGCUUUUUGCAUUUAAAACACUAUUACUAAAUGAUAAUAAAUCAUGCUUGCAGCUGCAACAACUGCACACUACUAAAGCAAUUAUGAAAAUUAUGAAACUGAGCACUGCAGAUGUCAAGUGUAGGGAAAUUCCUACCUCUGUUUUACAGAUUUGGGAAAUGUAGUAAAAUGUCUUUUGGAGCCAUGAGCGCAAGCUUUCUGCAGCAGUAAUCAUCUUCAUCUUGAAACUUGUAUCUACAAUUUUGGCAAUUUUCAUUCUGCCAGAUCAGCUGGAUUCUUUGCUCCUCAGAAAUUCUCCUUACUUGUUGUGUUUCUAAAACUCUCUAAUUAAUUAAAAUCAGUUAUAAUGUCUGAAAACACUGGAGACAAUAGAUCUGUACACCUAGUUCUGAUUAACAGAUUAAUAAUAAUUUGUGAAUUUAUCAACGUGAAUGUACAUUCAACAAGAAUUUGACAAAACCUGCAAGACACAUCCUCCUACAAAUGGGGUUCAUGUGUAAUGUGCAUUUGCAAAUACUGUUAAGAAUAUUGGUAAGAAUAUAGGACAUCAGGUGGACACAAACUCGACUCCAACAGGUUAGGGAUACUCUGUGUCAGCUAACACAUCCGUGAUAACAGCUUAAUAUAGUGAGAUGGCGGUAGCUGUUUGAUGUUUCUCCAUCCUGUUUCCAAAAAUAGAUUCAUGCAGUGUUUACAAUGGUUGGCAUUUACACAGGAAUAAUGCUGAAAAGACAUAACAAAAGAUGUUGUCAGUGAACAUUUGGCAGACAUUUACUGUAUGAAGAAAGUUUCCCUCAAAACAUACUUUACAAAUCACAAAUAGUUGCGUAUGAAUGGAAUUCAUGGGAGAAACAGUUACUGAUAUUUUACUGUCAUUUUAACAUGUAAUCUACUUAAAGCAUGCCAAAUGCGUUAAAUGCAUGUUAAGUAAAUGUUUACUUUUUUUUACCAGCUAUCCCUAUAGUUUUGACACAAUAUCCUGUAAAACUGAAACAGCUUGCACCUGUUCUAGGUGUCACUACAAAGCUGCUGCAAGGUGAAAUGUUCAGUGUUGUCAUGGGAAUCAGAGAAGAGGAGCCUGUUGUGUAUGUACUGUAUGUAUGUAAAGAACGUAUAUAAUAAGUUUAUCUGUAUAUGAAUGUAGGAACAAGCCAAGCAUGUAUGUUUGUUAUAUAUGUGCAAUUGUCAAGACAAUCAGUUUGAUAUUAUAAAUAUAUAGUUUUGAUGCUGAAGUUUCUAAUGAUGAUGAUGAUGAUGAUUAUAAUGGAUUAAGGCUACCACAGUGUUAAGGCUACCAGAUAGUCACCACAGUUAUUUGUCUCUUAAGAGUAAAUGCCCCAGACAAAACUUGUGCACACUGUCAAUAUUUUGUUGAGGUGUCAACUAAUGUGUGAAUUGUCACAAGACCAAAGCAUCAAUAAACUGUUAUUAAAGAA